GGUUGGAUCGAAUCAUCAGCCCAUGCCGAACACAUGGCUGCCUCUCUCUCGAUCUCACGUGCUGACCCGUCCCUACCUCCGGCAUUCUCUCCUCCGCCACCCUCCGCCGUUCUCCUUCUCCCCUCGCUGAAGUGGCCUCCCAUCUUGCAGGCUUGCAGCACGUGCGGCCUCCAACCAUGGCCAACCUCGACCUCCGGAGCUCCCAUCCAUGGCAGCUCCCGCUCGUAGUCUCUCCCAUGCGCUAAUCCCCGUUGAGAACAAUCAAAACGGAUUUCCUAUAAUCUCCUCUCUCUCCCAGUGCUUUCCCCGUCCCAAUUGGUGGCCGGAGCUCUCACGCUGGUGAAGCUCCGGCGAUGGUGCCGGCGCAGAGCUUCGUUCGGACGAACGCGCAUGCCCUCGCUCAAAGGGCAAACUAGGCCUGGAAAAUGGAUAAGGAAAAAUAAAAUAAGGUUUGCCUGUUCCGUGCGCGCCGUCUCUGCAGUCUGCUUCCGCCCCCUUCCGAAUCCGAUGCCUACACCGCCUUCUUCCCCCACCCCCGCGCCGCCGGAGCCGGCGACCGAGCCGCAGCCAUCCCCAUCCACAAUCACGGAUGGAGCCGUCUCCGGCACGCUCCCGGCUGCCGAGGCCUUCGCGGUGCACUACCCGGGCUACCCCUCAUCCCCCGCCCGCGCGGCGCGCACCCUCGGCGGCCUCCCCGCCAUCGUCAAGGUCCGGAGCUCCGACCCCGGCGCCCGACUGGAGCUCCGCUUCCGCUCCGAGGACCCCUACUGCCACCCGGCCUUCGGCGAGUCCCGCGCCUCCACGGGCCUAGUGCUCCGCCUCUCCAGGCGCAAGGGCGCCGCGGCGCCGCGAGCCGAGGUGGUGGCGCGCGUCCGGACCGCCUACCACUUCGAAGGUAUGGCUGAUUUUCAGCAUGUUGUUCCAGUGCAUGCUGCACAAGUGAGAAAAAGAAAACGGUCAGAUUCCCAAAAUGAUUGUGAAUAUUUAGAUAAGACAAGACAUCUGGAAACAGAUGAUGGAGAUGUCAUGAUGUUGGUACCCCCACUCUUCUCAGUGAAGGAUAGACCAACAAAGAUAGCGCUUCUACCAUCAUCAAAUGCAGUAUCUAAAACCAUGCACAGGGGAGUGGUACAAGAACGAUGGGAGAUGAAGGUUGGACCAACUCUUGCUCUUCCUUUCAACAUUCAAGUUGUCCCGGAGAAGAUUAAUUGGGAAGACCACGUAAGAAAGAAUUCGGUAGAUUGGGACUGGCAAGUGGCUGUCUGCAAAUUGUUUGAUGAGCGUCCUGUGUGGCCAAGGCAAUCACUUUAUGAACGGCUGCAAGAUGAUGGUGUGCAUGUCUCACAAAACCAAUUCAAAAGGCUUCUGUUUAGAGCUGGAUACUACUUCUCUACUGGACCCUUUGGUAAAUUCUGGAUCAGAAGAGGAUAUGACCCUCGUAAAGACCCUGACUCACGAAUAUACCAGAGAAUUGAUUUUCGCGUGCCUCCUGAGCUAAGGAAUCUUCUAAGGACAAAGGAUUCUGGAUCUCAAAAGUGGGCAGAGAUGUGCAAGCUCGAAGUUAUGCCAUCACAGAGUUUCAUCUUCCUGCAAUUAUUUGAACUGAAGGAUGACUUUAUUCAAGAAGAAAUUCGAAAACCUUCUUAUCAAUCAAUUUGUUCACGUUUUACAGGAUGGUUUUCUAAGCCUAUGAUGAAAACCCUGAGGUUGCAAGUGAGCAUAAGGUUCCUCUCUUUAUUACCUAGUGAAGAGGCAAAAAGCUUGUUGAGGAAUGCCCAUGAACUUAUUGAAAGGUCUAAGAAGCAGGAAGCCCUUUGGAGAUCUGAGCGAUCUAAAGAAGAGCAUGUUGAUGAAGAAGCUCCUGCCACACAUACUGGAACUGAGGAUCAAGUUGGCCUUAACAACUCUGAUAGUGAAGAUAUGGAUGAUGAAGAAGAGGAAGAGGAGUCGGAUGGUUAUGAUUCUCCGCCUAUGGCAGAGGGGUUUCGUGAUUUCACCUUGGAUGAUUCCUAUGCACUCGGUGAAGGUUUCUCCAAUGGAUACCUUGAAGAAAUGCUGCGUAGCUUUCCGUUGCAGGAAGAUGGCCAAAACAAAUCAGGUGAUGCCCCUAAUGGUGCUGAUGGUAGUGACGGGGAGUUUGAAAUUUUCGAACAGCCCAGUGACAAUGAUGAGUCGUCUGAUGGUUAGAUGGGUUUUUAUGGCAGUCCAUCUUCCACGGCUUCAGUUUUGCAAGCAUAUAGAUCAGAUGCAUGUAAGAAUGUCUUUGUUAAAUUACCGUUUUGUUCAAUUCCUAUGAUGCAUGUAAGAAUGGCUUUCUUAAAUUACCUUUUCGUUCAAUUCCUAUGAGUUACUCCAUGGCUA